GCUCCAGCUUUUCAGGGCAGAAACACUUCAUCUCCUGUCUCUGGGUUUGCAUUUUCUCAAAUUUAUAAAAAUGUAACUGAAACCAGAAGGAGUUUUGAGGUUUAGAGGCUUGUGUGGAGCAGAAGCUCGUCAGAAGCGGCGGUGUUGCUGUUUUCAGACGUGUUUUCGGUGGUGAUUUCGGCAGCUAAGCUAACUCUGAGGUUAGCUCCUCUUCAACUGGCUCGUCUGUCAGACUGUCUGACCUGAGAGAGAUAAUCAGCCGGUGUUUACCGUCCAAAUUAACCCCUCACCUCUCCAUCAGCCUGUCCACUGCUACUUAUCAGUAGACAUGGGAAGUCUGGGCAGCAGGUUCCAGUCCCCCUCUCAGGGACCAGAUGAGGCUGCAGAAGGCACAAGUACGAGCCACAAGCAUGGAUGUGAGUGUAAGAAGAGGAAACGAAAUGCCCCGUGUGACUGUGACAGUGAACACGAGGAGGAUGAUGCCAUACUAGACACACCUCGCAGGAAGAAAUUGAAAAGCACAUCCCGAUACAUUUAUCAGACUUUGUUUCUGAAUGGGGAAAACAGUGACAUUCGCAUCUGCGCCCUGGGACAGGAGUGGAACCUCCAUAAAGUGUACCUGUGCCAGUCAGGAUAUUUUUCCAGCAUGUUCAGCGGCUCUUGGAAGGAGUCCAACAUGAUGGAGAUCAACUUGGAGAUCCCCGACCAGAACAUCGACACUGAAGCUCUACAAGUCGUAUUUGGAUCCCUGUACCGGGACGAUGUUCUGAUCAAGCCCAGCAGAGUUGUCAGUAUUCUUGCAGCUGCUUGUAUGCUACAACUGGAUGGUCUGAUCCAACAGUGUGGAGAGACCAUGAAGGAAAACAUUAGUGCGAAGACUGUGUGUGGCUACUACGCUUGUGCCAGUAUAUAUGGCCUGGAUUCAGUCAUGAAAAAGUGUCUUGAGUGGCUUUUGAACAACCUGAUGACCCACCAAAAUGUUGACCUGAUGAAAGAACUCGGGGUGGAUGUGAUGGAGCAGCUCAUCCAGUCCUCAGAUCUGUUUGUCAUGCAGGUGGAGAUGGAUGUUUACACUGCUCUGAAAAAGUGGAUGUUUCUGCAGCUGAAUUCGUCAUGGGACGGCCCGAUCAAGCAGCUUCUGGCUGACGCUGAUGCCUGGCUUUGCAAACGCAGGACAGACCUGUGUGAGAAAGAACCCUUCUUGAACACAGAGGAGGGGGAACCUUUCCGUUCAGUGUUCAAAUACGUUCGUCUCCAGUAUAUAAUCAACGAUCUCGCGUCUGCACGCAUCCUGGAGAGGGACAACAUUUUGCCCCCUGAUUGGUUGACGUCAGUGUACAAAAACCAGUGGUUUGCUAUGCUGCGGACAGAAUUUGACAAUGACAACGGUCCACAGGAGGCUAACAAAGACGAGUUUGAGCUGAGCAGUAUGAGAUGUGGCAGGAAACUGACCAAAGAUGGAGAUUACUGCUGGCGGUGGACAGGCUUUAACUUUGGUUUUGACCUGCUGGUGACCUACACAAACCGCUUCAUAGUCUUCAAGAGAAAUACUCUGAGUCAGCCAUGUGGGGGCGCUGUGAGUCUGCAACCUCGGAGGCAUCUGGCAUUCAGGUUACGUCUGGCCUCCUUUGAUAAUCGUGGAAAGCUGGUCUGCAGUCGCUCAACAGGUUACCAGCUUCUCACUCUGGAGAAAGACCAGGAGUAUGUGGUGAUGAACCUGGACAGCCGGUUGUUAACAUUCCCCCUCUACGUGUGCUGUAACUUCCUGUAUACGUCGCCUCACUCGGACCACCGUCCCGACUCCUCAGAACAAGAGAGCACGACUCACAGCGUGUCUUGAUGCCUGUUCAGCGGCCAUUAACUGCCACUUCCUCUGGUAACUCUGAGACACUGACACAAGCAUGUACGUACAAUCCAGCGCUACAUUUAAAAUCACUCUCACCUGUAAAAUACCAUCUGCAUGCUGUGUAACGCAGUGAGUUGUUUGGGAAAACGUUUUGUAUCCGUGUAUUCAGUGUUUUGGCACAUUGAGAGAUAGCCACACAUACAUGAGGCUCACGGUGUGAAAGAGACAGUGGCCAGAAGGGAUAAGGCCACCUUUGUCUUUUGAGCAGCUUCAAACUUUUAACCUCUGCCAUUAAGUGUCUGCACUGGGAUGUUGGACCAUUUCUCAAGAUGGAAAACCCCCAAGUUACGUAUGUUAAUGGAACCACUCUGGAAUUUAUUGGUGUGUAUGGGCGCAUUAUCACCCGGGAAUAUGGGAACAUCUUGAGGGAACAGCUCCAGCAGGUAAAACUGGGCUCGUAUGGGAAGUUUCAAGUCUGGUGCUCAUUCUGGCCGCAUGUAAAUCCACUGUGGGAUGUGGUCGGAGGUGUGGCCCUUCGUUUCACUGAUGGACACACUUAAAAACUUAACAGUCGCUUGCACUGACUUGAGUCGACUGCUCUUUGCAGUGAUCACACAUGUAUAUCAACAGUGUUGAAAACUAUCAAGACACAAAUUUCAAGACUUGUGGCUGAAUUCAUGUGGAAGAGAUACAGUGUCUGCCAACACUUACAUUUAAAGAGAGUAAAUUUAAGUUUGACACAGCAUCUCUACCACUCGCUGCUGUUUGGUUACCAGCUGAUAGAGAUUCAGUGUCGUUUUUGCUGCCACAUACCACCGGCAAUCAAUUUAAGCUGCUUUCCCCGCCCG